ACCCGGGCUGCUUUUCUCGUGGGAGCCCGCGGCUGUGCGAGGAGACUCGGCGGAGGGCGGAGAAGGCCGGGGGCGGGGCCGAGCGGGUGUGAGGCCGGGGCUGCGGGCCGCCGAGCCCCGUGCGCGCGGUUCCUGGAGCGUGGGUGUGAGUGGUCGCCUUCGCUGCAGGCUUUGCUCUCUUCACGCAGGGAGACCUUGUCUGUCUUCCUUUGCUUUCUGCUGGGCAUGGAAUCCGGGGCCUGGUGCCGCUGAGAACCCCUUCCUCAACGCAGCCAUCCCCCUGCCUGGUCGUAGAAGCUACUUUCCACAGGGAAGCCAAGUAACGUGAGAAAGAACCCAAGAUGGAAUUAGUUAAUUACGAUCCGCUGUCUGCAGGUGGCCGUGGCACUUAGAUUAGACGCAGAGUCGAGACAGAGUCAUCCUAUUAGUUAAAGAACACGUUGUCUCAUAGAAAUACAGAAAUACCUUACUUUGUAGGGCAAAACCAUGUCCUCCCUCCCAGGGUGCAUUAGUUUGGACGCAGCAACAGCUGCAGCUGACUCUGAUGACAUUGCUGAGCUGCAGCAGGCAGUGGUUGAGGAGCUGGGUAUCUCUAUGGAGGAACUUCGUCAUUUAAUUGAUGAAGAACUGGAGAAGAUGGACUGUAUACAGCAGCGCAAGAAGCAGCUGGCAGAGCUGGAGACGUUGGUGCUGCAGAAGGAGUCUGAGGUGGCUUAUGUUGACCAGGUAUAUGACGAUGUGUCCAGGGCAGUGAUUAACUGUGAGUCUCUGGUGAAGGAUUUCUACUCUAAGUUGGGACUGCAGUAUCAUGACAGUAGCUCCGAGGAUGAAUCUUCCCAGCCUACAGAAGUAAUUGAGAUUCCUGAUGAAGAUGAUGAUGUCCUCAGUAUUGAUUCAGGUGAUGCUGGAAGCAGAACUCCAAAAGACCAGAAGCUCCGUGAAGCUAUGGCUGCCUUAAGAAAAUCAGCUCAGGAUGUCCAAAAGUUCAUGGAUGCUGUCAACAAGAAAAGCAUUUCCCAGGAUCUGCACAAAGGAACCUUGGGUCAGAUGUCUGGAGAACUGAGCAAAGAUGGGGACCUGAUAGUCAACAUGAGAAUUCUGGGCAAGAAGAGGACCAAGACGUGGCACAAAGGCACCCUUAUUGCCAUCCAGACUGUUGGGCUAGGAAAGAAAUACAAAGUGAAGUUUGACAACAAAGGGAAGAGUCUGCUGUCCGGCAACCAUAUUGCCUACGAUUACCACCCUCCUGCCGACAAGCUGUUCGUGGGCAGUCGAGUGGUGGCCAAAUACAAAGACGGAAAUCAGGUCUGGCUUUAUGCUGGUAUUGUAGCUGAGACCCCCAACGUCAAGAACAAGCUCAGAUUUCUGAUUUUCUUUGAUGAUGGUUAUGCCUCCUAUGUCACUCAGUCAGAACUGUAUCCCAUUUGUCGACCACUGAAAAAAACAUGGGAGGACAUAGAAGACAGCUCCUGCCGAGACUUCAUAGAGGAAUAUAUCACUGCCUAUCCAAAUCGCCCCAUGGUACUUCUCAAAAGUGGCCAGCUCAUCAAGACGGAGUGGGAAGGCACAUGGUGGAAGUCUCGAGUUGAAGAGGUGGAUGGCAGCCUAGUCAGGAUCCUCUUUCUGGAUGACAAAAGAUGUGAGUGGAUCUAUCGAGGCUCUACACGCCUGGAACCCAUGUUCAGUAUGAAGACAUCAUCAGCCUCUGCACUGGAGAAGAAGCAAGGGGGACAAUUCAGAACCCGUCCUAAUAUGGGUGCUGUGAGGAGCAAAGGUCCUGUUGUUCAGUAUACACAAGACCUAACUGGCACUGGAACCCAGUUCAAGCCCCUGGAGCCCCCACAGCCCAUAGCUCUACCUGCCCCACCUGCCCCACCUGCCCCACCCCUUGCCCCUCCUCUAUCCCCACAAGCAGGUGACACUGAAAGCUUAGAAAGCCAACUUGCUCAGUCACGGAAGCAAGUGGCCAAAAAGAGCACGUCAUUUCGGCCAGGAUCUGUGGGCUCUGGCCAUUCCUCCCCUACUUCACCCACACUCAGUGAAAAUGUGCCUGCUGGGAAACUUGGGAUUAACCAGACAUACAGAUCACCUUUGGCCUCAGUAACAUCUGCCCCAGCACCUGCAGCUCCUCCAGCCUUCCAUGGGAUGUUAGAGCGGGCACCGGCUGAGCCUUCCUACCGAGCCCCCAUGGAGAAGCUUUUCUACUUACCUCAUGUCUGCAGUCACACUUGUCUGUCCCGGAUCAGACCCAUGAGGAAUGAACAGUUCCGGGGCAAGAACCCCCUGUUAGUACCGCUGCUGUAUGACUUUCGGAGGAUGACAGCCCGGCGAAGAGUUAACCGCAAGAUGGGCUUUCAUGUUAUCUAUAAGACACCCUGUGGUCUCUGCCUUCGGACAAUGCAGGAGAUAGAACGCUACCUUUUUGAAACUGACUGUGACUUCCUGUUCCUGGAGAUGUUCUGUUUGGAUCCAUAUGUUCUUGUUGACAGAAAGUUUCAGCCCUUUAAGCCUUUUUACUAUAUUUUGGACAUCACCUACGGCAAGGAAGAUGUUCCCCUGUCCUGUGUUAAUGAGAUUGACACCACUCCCCCACCCCAGGUGGCCUACAGCAAGGAGCGCAUCCCUGGCAAGGGUGUUUUCAUUAACACGGGCCCUGAAUUCCUGGUCGGCUGUGACUGCAAGGAUGGGUGUCGGGAUAAAUCCAAAUGUGCCUGCCAUCAGCUAACUAUCCAAGCCACAGCGUGCACCCCAGGGGGUCAGAUCAACCCUAAUUCUGGCUACCAAUACAAAAGAUUAGAAGAAUGUCUGCCCACAGGGGUUUAUGAGUGUAACAAACGCUGCAAAUGUGAUCCAAACAUGUGCACAAAUCGGUUGGUGCAGCAUGGACUACAGGUUCGACUACAGCUAUUUAAGACACAGAACAAGGGCUGGGGUAUCCGCUGCUUGGAUGACAUUGCCAAAGGCUCUUUUGUCUGUAUCUAUGCAGGCAAAAUCCUGACAGAUGACUUUGCAGACAAAGAAGGCCUGGAGAUGGGUGAUGAGUACUUUGCAAAUCUGGACCACAUUGAAAGUGUGGAGAACUUUAAGGAAGGAUAUGAGAGUGAUGUCGGCAAUUCCUCUGACAGCAGUGGGGUGGACAUGAAGGACCAGGAAGAUGGCAACAGUGGUUCCGAGGACCCUGAGGAAUCCAAUGACGACAGCUCUGAUGAUAACUUCUGUAGGGAUGAGGACUUCAGCACCAGUUCAGUGUGGCGUAGCUAUGCUACCCGAAGACAGACCCGGGGUCAGAAGGAGAAUGGGCUGUCUGAGAUGGCUUCCAAGGAUUCCCGCCCCCCAGACCUUGGACCUCCACAUGCUCCUAUACCUCCCUCAGUAUCUGUAGGGGGCUGCAAACCACCUUCAUCUGAGGAGACUCCCAAGAACAAGGUGGCCUCGUGGCUGAGCUGCAAUAGUGUCAGUGAAAGUGGAUUUGCCGACUCUGAUAGCCGUUCCUCCUUCAAGACUAGUGAAGGUGGAGGAGGCCGGGGAGAGGCUGAGAAGGCCUCUACCUCAGUAUUGAGCUUCAAGGAUGAAGGAGACACUAAGCAGACUAAGAAAGAGGACCCGGAUGACCGAAACAAGACGUCAGUAGUUACUGAAAGCUCUCAGAAUUAUGGACACAAUCUUCCUAUGAAGUCUGAAGGGCUUCGCCGACCAUCUAGUAAAACUUCUGUGCCCCAAAGCCGGCGACUUGUGGCUUCUACUCAGUCAAACCAUGAUGACAUCUUGACACUGUCCAGCAGCACAGAAAGCGAGGGGGAAAGUGCAACCAGCCGAAAGCCCACUGCUGGCCAGACUUCAGCCACAGCCGUUGACAGUGAUGACAUCCAGACCAUUUCUUCUGGCUCUGAAGGCGAUGACUUUGAGGACAAGAAGACCUCAUCCGGUCCAGCAAAGCGCCAGGUGGCAGUAAAAUCAACCCGAGGUUUUGCUCUUAAAUCAACCCAUGGGAUUGCUAUUAAAUCAACCAACAUGGCUUCUGUGGACAAGGGGGAGAGCGCACCAGUUCGUAAGAACACACGCCAGUUCUACGAUGGUGAAGAAUCUUGCUACAUCAUUGACGCCAAGCUUGAAGGCAACCUAGGCCGCUACCUCAAUCAUAGUUGCAGCCCCAACUUGUUUGUCCAGAAUGUCUUCGUGGAUACUCAUGAUCUUCGCUUCCCUUGGGUGGCCUUUUUUGCCAGCAAGAGAAUCCGGGCUGGAACAGAACUUACUUGGGACUACAACUACGAAGUGGGCAGCGUGGAAGGCAAGGAGCUGCUGUGCUGCUGCGGAGCCAUUGAAUGCAGAGGGCGUCUCCUGUAAAGGGAGACCCUUGGACAGGGUCUUCCUGGCUGUUGAACUCUGACCCCAGGUCUCUGGUCUAGCUACUCUCCAGUUCCUAGUAGAUAGAAAUGGGGAUUCUGGAUCAGGACUCUCCCAGUGUGGUGCUAGCAGGCACUAGGGUGGGUAGACAUGGCCACUCUAGCCUCAGCCUGAGGUCCUUCUCAGAUGUUCCCGUGUUCACGAUUCUCAUGGGCUGUAUGUCUGCCGUCCCUAUCCUGUGUGGUUUCGUGAUGAAGAUUGUGUAUCUUCUCUCCUCAGUCCCCAUCGUAAUCUCCCAGGGAGAGGUCAUUUUCCCAGUGGGCAGCUGUCUUACACCUCCAUUUUACUUGUGUAAUUUUUAGCAAAAAAAAAAAAGUUACAUAACCACAAAGAAGGCCUAAGAAAACUAUCCCCUUUCUCAGUUCUUCAUAGUCUGACACACUGUCAUGUUUUAUUUAACCUUUAAUAUACUUUAAUUAAAAAAAAAACCAUUAACA